AUGGUACUAUUGGUUGACAUGGGGGAUUUGUGUUUGUGGAGAAUAGGAGACGAGAAAUGGACUAAUAUUGAUAGAGGUUUUGCUGAUAUUAUUUUUCACAAUGGGAAAUUCUAUGCUCUUGAUUGUAAUGGAUCUUAUUUUUGUGGGGACGACCCAACGCACUUGGUGGAAUCACUUGAGGAUUUGUUCUUGUUAUUGUAUUUAUCUGAUUCUGACUAUGAUUCUGAUGACUCUCAGUAUGAUUCUGAUAAUAUAAUUCCAAUCAAAGUUUACAAAUUGGAGGAGGGGAAGAAUAAAUGGGUUAAGGUUGAAGGAUUGGAAGAUCGCAUGUUAUUUAUUGGUGAUGAAAGUUGUUUCUCUUGUUUCGUAAAUGACUUGCCUGGUGCCAAGGGGAACUGUAAAUUUACUGAUAAGCUGAUCAAGAAUGAGGACUUGUCUGCAGAUCAGAAGGAUGAGUUCAAGGCAAGGAAAUUGAGGGAAAAGACCUUGGAAGAAAUGAGUGAGGAAACAAAAGAGGCCUAUCGAAAUAUGAAGUUUUACAAUUUCUAUCCUGUGCAAACUCCAGAUACGCCCGAUGUAUCAAAUGUAAAGGAACGAUAUAUAAACAGGUACUACGAUAAGGCUCACGAGGUUCUAUGA